AUGACCCGUUUACAAGAUGAAUUGCUCCGUCGUAAGCCCUCAUUUGCCGAAGUUGAGCCUUUGUACAAAAAUUUCGAGGACUUUGUCAUCUCGCCCUCGAAAUCCGAGGAUUUGGACACCUCAAUAUGGCCAAGACUCCGUCUUUUUGCCGUCGUCCUCAGCAUAGGUGCCGGAUCCAUGUUUUUGGUAGCCUUAGACAGCGUUGUGGACAACUUAUUGCCUGCCGCGAAGCCGUUUUUGGAGCGAAAAUACGGUUCGGCCGAAGCGGCAGAUAUGGCCUGGGAGUGGAUUGUGUCGUCGAGAAUUUACGGGCUGGCCAUUGGAUCACUCUUAUCGAUCCUGAUUUCCAAUCAGCCUUCCCGAAAAUCCCCGCUGAUUACCGCAAUGUCCAUUAAUUUUGUGGGCGGAGCCUUGUCGGGGCUGGUUACAAUCACCAAAUAUGGAGUGGUAAUCUCGUGUCUUGGCCGGUUUUUGAAUGGAAUUGGCUCAGGGAUUAUUCAAGUGAUCGGGUCGGCCAUGAUUGCGGAGAUUUCGCCGAUUAGCGCAAGGGGAACAAUGCUCGCAACUUUGGUAAGUAUAAGUAAUAUAAUGGGAAAUUGAGAGUUAAUUAUAGGUUAAUUAACUGCUAAUUAACUUUUAAACUUAAUUUUUAAUCCUUUCAUUUAGAAAUUUCCAAUUUUUUCGCUGUUUUUAAGACCUUUUUGAUCGAGGGUAAGACUUGACCCAUUUUUAAAAAAAUGGAAAGGUAUCCAAAUUUUGAUGAUACUUUUUUCUUGAAAUUUUUCGUAGUCUUCCACUAUUAUAAUUGUUUUUAGAAAAAUUCCAUUUUUACCAAUUUAGGGUCAAGUCUUCCCCUCAAUUUCCGAUCUCAAAACUAACCUCUGUUUUUAUUUUCAGACAGUCUGGGCAUGCAUUGGCGAACUAACUGGGAUGGUUCUCGGCCUUGACACACUGCUUGGCACGCCGCGCUUGUGGAAUUUGGCGCUUGUCGCACCAAGUCUUCUAAUCCUGCCAGCCGUUUUUUGUAUUUACUGCUCACCGGAUUCGCCUCGGGCGCUUUUGUUGAAUGGUGACAAAGAAGGCUCUCAACAGGCGUUGGAGUUCUAUCAGGUAACAAUUUCAACGGCUUUUCUGGCUGUCAGUUAUGUGUUUAGUGGAAAAAUAAAUUUUGAGUCAAGUGUUUCUUUCGGUAUUACUAUCCAUGGCCACGUAAAAUUUAUUUUGGAGAAGCUGUAUUUUACUUGAUUUUUUAUUGUAGAGUAUCUCCCUUUUCAUUUUUGGCCUCGGAGAAACAGUUGACUCAGUUUUGAGUCAAGUCUUCCUCAUACCAAAAGUGUCAAAAAUUAACAUUCAAAAUUGGAUUUUUAGUAUUCCGAUGAAUGGAAGAGCUCGUUGGAAGACUAUAUGAACGAUAUUGGGGCAGAGGCGGACAUUGAGGACAAAUCAAAACUGAUUCGAAAAGAUCCUUGCAACGGAACUCUUUGGCCAAUGAUAAAACAACGAUUCAGCUCUGGAAAUUUCGUCAGACCAUUUCUUUUGGGCGCUUUUAUCUUGACAUUCGUCCAUUUGGACGAUUGGGUAAGCUAAUCUUACCUUUUUUACGAAGUGAUAAACUUGACUCAUGAGUCAAGUGUCUCCUUCAUAUAUUUUGGCCCUAAUUGUCUCCGAAUUUCAGCUGUGGAUAUCAUAUUCAACACAGGUCUUCGAAAACAUUGGGUUGAACGCAAGAGCUGCCACUCGCGCGUCACUGAUGAUUUCUUUCCCUCAGGCAGUUAUAAGUAUCUUCGCGUUGUUCGUUUUCGAUGAUUUCUCCCGCAAAGUGUUGAUCGUACUGCCAACAAUUGUGAGUAUUCUCUGCUCGGUGCUGGUUAUAAUGGGUAUAAAACGAGGUAGGUGAUUUUUGAAUGUGAGGGAAACACUUGACUCAACUGUUUUUUUUUGUGAGAGAAAGACUUGACACAUUUUGCGAUUUUUGAGGACAGGGAGUAAAUUCAAUUGUUAUAUGAUAUUUACGAUCAUAGCUAAAACAGUUGACUCAUUUUUCGGCCAGAAAGAAAGACUUGACACAUCGUCGAGUCAAGUCUUUCCCUCACUGGAAGAUCUCAAAAUAAUCUUCAAAUUCAACUUCAGGUAGUCUUUUUGGCAUCUGGCCUCUCUACUUGGCCAUUCCAAUCCUGGCAGCUACGGAUUUAUCGGCUGCUGCAGUGACCAGUGAAGCCGCUUAUACCGUAGUUCCCGAACUUUUUGCCCAGAAAGAUCGAGUUUUGGGCACCGCGAUCAUUGGAAUCCUCCAAAACGUCCUUGGCGGCCUUCUGACUACGACAGCAUUGUCGAUUGUAAAUACGUAUGGGACACAGUUCGUUUUGGGGCCGUUCUUGUUGAUGAACAUGGUGUAUAUAUCCGGAAUUUGGUGGUAUCUUCCCGAAACGAAUGGAAUUUCGGCAACGGUAAGGGUGGGAAGAGAAGUAGAAUCGGUUAUUUUCACAAAAAAAUUGUUAUGAGUCAAGUUUUCUUGAAGAUUAGAAAAUGGGUCAAGUGUUCCUCUUUUUGCAAAAUUGGGUCAAGUAUUACUCUCAAGUCAAAAAAUGGGCCUUGAUGAGGCUAGUUUUUUCUUUCACCACAAAACGGGUCAUGUGUUCCGCUUUUACCACAAAUGAGUCAAGUGUUCCCCUUAAACCAAAAAUGGGUCAACUGUUUCUCUUAGAAUUUUUAUAACGUCCUCUCGUAAAUGCUGAUGCAAAAAUAAUACCUACUGUAUAAUUUUUCAGGCAAUAGCGCUGCAUUUCCGCAACGACCUCCCAUCCCUUCGCAACUCCCCCAACUUCCGCAAGGUCCGCUCAUUCCUUGGCUUCUUCUACGGCCGCCAUCGACUGGUGAAUAUCCUCGUCCUGCUCACUCAAAUCCUCGUCAUCAGCGCGUGUCUCUACGGCUGCGGCCUUCUUUUCGUCACGGGUUUUCGGUUUAUUUUUGCUUGA